CCUCUCUUUUCCAGGCACCCUCCACACCACACCCAUGGCCUGCAACACCCUCUGCCAGCCCUGCGGACCCACCCCGCUGGCCAACAGCUGCAACGAGCCCUGUGCCCUGCAAUGCCAGGAUUCCCGCGUCGUUAUCCAGCCUUCUCCCGUGCUGGUCACCCUGCCAGGACCCAUCAUGACCUCCUUCCCCCAGAACACCGCCGUCGGAUCCACCUCCUCGGCUGCCGUGGGCACUGAGCUCAGUGUGCAGGGACAGCCCAUCUCUGGUGGAUUUGGUGGCUUUGGCUACGGCCUUGGCUACGGCCGUGGGUUUGGCUAUGGGCUGGGAGGCCUGGGCUGCUACGGCAGGAGGGGCUACGGCUACAACUGCUGAGAGGCCCUCCUCGACACCACUCCUGACACCAGCCACCCACUCCCAGGAUCAUAUCUCAGGACACAUCUCUGGACCAAAGCUUUCAAAGGGGCUCAGUGAUUCCACCUCCUGCUCUCAGGCCACCGAGCAAAGCAGUAGCCAAGGGGACAGCCCGGGCUGCCUGCAAACAUGGCCCAUCUCCAUUCCUGCUCUUUUCCCACUCCCUGCUCUGCAUCGCCCCUUUAGCUCUGUCCAGCUCGCUCUGCUGCAAAACCCUUCUCCCAAGCCACAGACCAUUGGGCACCUCCACCAUCAGGUUGCUCCCACCUUGGGGCAGGAGGGCCCUGGUGCUCUGUCCAAACCAUCUGCAAGAAAAGGCGUCUCGCUUGUUGGUUGUUUUUGUACCUCAGACUGGCCCCUUCCAUGUAUUGUUGAUGACUUUCACUGUUCUUUAUGCCUCAAUAAAAAAUCUUUUGCAUUGCA